AUGUCAACUGUGACAAGUGCUCAGACACCGGAGGAACCUAAUCCUCCCCCCCUUGAAGAAAAGCCAAAGGGAAAAUCACUAUUUCAUUUGGGUUCGCUGUUUGCUAACAGGAGUGAAAAAUUUGUAAUUGCCAGGAGUGAUAGUGUACCAGAGGAGUACGUUCUGAAAAUAACUAUCACGGAGACUACGGUGAUUGAGUCAGACUUGGGCAUCUGGAAUUCUCAUGCUCUCAUCUACCUCACUUUGUGGUUUUUCUUCAGCUUUUGCACUCUUUUUCUUAACAAAUAUAUUCUUUCAUUACUGGAAGGAGAACCCAGCAUGCUAGGUGCUGUUCAAAUGCUUUCAACCACUUUCAUUGGCUGUAUAAAAAUGUUUGUUCCAUGCUGCUUGUAUCAACACAAAACACGCAUCUCUUAUCCACCCAAUUUCAUCAUGAUAAUGCUGUUUGUUGGAUUAAUGAGAUUUGCAACAGUAGUCUUGGGUCUUGUCAGCUUGAAAAAUGUGGCGGUUUCAUUUGCAGAAACUGUUAAAAGCUCUGCACCUAUUUUUACUGUUAUCAUGUCUCGGAUGAUACUGGGAGAAUACACUGGAUUGCUGGUUAAUCUCUCUCUCAUUCCUGUUAUGGGUGGGCUAGCUCUAUGUACAGCUACUGAAAUCAGCUUCAACAUCCUAGGUUUCUCGGCAGCUUUAUCUACUAAUAUCAUGGACUGUUUGCAAAAUGUCUUUUCCAAAAAACUACUCAGUGGAGAUAAAUACAGAUUUUCAGCCCCAGAGCUUCAGUUCUACACAAGUGCUGCUGCAGUGGUUAUGCUCAUUCCAGCUUGGAUAUUUUUCAUGGAUGUGCCUGUGAUUGGGAAAAGUGGGAGAAGCUUCAGCUACAACCAAGAUGUUGUCGUACUUCUGUUAAUAGAUGGAGUCUUGUUCCAUCUACAAAGUGUUACAGCCUAUGCCUUGAUGGGAAAAAUUUCUCCUGUGACUUUCAGUGUUGCUAGUACUGUGAAGCAUGCGCUGUCUAUCUGGCUAAGUAUUAUUGUGUUUGGUAACAAAAUCACAAGCCUCUCAGCUAUUGGGACUGUUCUAGUGACAAUUGGAGUUCUACUAUAUAACAAGGCAAAGCAGCAUCAGCAAGAGACCAUACACAGCCUGGCAGCUGCAGCCCCGCAAUCUGCACAAAGUACAACUGAAGAUACUGAGCCACUAAUUUCCAAGGAUUUGGAACCGUAUGAUUAAUAUGGCCAUUUAUUCUUCCAACCUAGUGUAACUCAAAGGAACUCUUCCUGAAAGUGGUUGUUUCUUCACCAGUUGAUGCUGAUUUGGUUCCUUCGAGUUCAUGGCAGGCCAAGCCUGGGACUUGAAGCAGAGAGAAAACGAUGGGAAGAAUCCAGUAAGUCUUGAUUUACUGAGAAACUGAUACACCGGAGGACCUAGCGUCAUAUAAUGUGGUAAACGUGGGCUUUAUUGUCUUUCCUUGACUGCAAGUAACAUAACAGGCCUAUAUUAGAGAAGAACUUCAGUGUCUUGUGGGGAAAACGAUUCCUUUCUCCUUACCCAUCAAAAUAAUGUGAAAAUGUGGACCC